AUGGACACAUCGCCUGCCCCAAGAGCUUCGGCUUCUGAACAGGAGCCAACCAGGGAUAGACCUGCUUGUGACAACUGCAAGACCCGAAAGACGAAAUGCGAUCGUGGUUCGCCUUGUUCGAGCUGCGUGACGGCCAAGACACAAUGCCGUGUUACGAGAAAGGCACCGGAGAAGCGGCAGCGGGUGCUACUAUCCAAGCAAUAUGAUGAAGCAAUGCAGAACGUCAGUCGACAGCUUGGGGAAUUGCAGAUCGAGAUGCGGCAGCUUGUCGAGAACAGCAAGACAUCCCAUGUCAAUGGCCCAUCUCCCGCUGCAGCUCCCCAAGACUCGCCGAGUACUCAUAUAAGCGGGGACCAUCCUGAUGUAUCUGCCGUGUUCGAGGGCUAUAAAGGAGACUCUUCUUUCAACGCACAUGUCAAGCACGUUGCCGACACGCUCGAAGGGACAUUUGGAGCGAACACCGACGACAGAGUUCCUAGCAUGCCGUCAGCGAUUGUCCAUGACUUGCUCCAAGACGUCGAUGCUACUCAGCGGGUCGCGCCAGAGUCUGUGGACUUCUCUCGCACGAAUUUGACUCCUCGCUAUCCGGAACUGGAGGACCUACCCUUGGCCCCGACACAGCCGGUCUUGAAGCUGUUGCGCCUCGCUCAGAAUGAGAAGCAGCGCUUCUUCGCGGACGUACCUUUCGUCGAUGAGCAGGAGUUUGUUGAAAGCUGCAAGAGUGUGUACUUUGCAACACAGCCUUACUCGCUCUGGACUUGGAUCAUCGUCAAUAUCGGCUUGCUGUACUUGUUCUUGGACUUGGAUAACAAACAUUACGCGCAAGUAGGGGGAGUCUUCUGCACGAAGACAGGCCGCAGUACAAUCGCAUGGCGUCUUGUCAGCGCUGCCGCUCGUAUGUGCCUCGAUCUUGGUCUUCAUAGGAUGCCAAGCCAUCUCCAAGGGCACGAGGCAUCGAAGAAACGAGUCCUGUUCUGGCACGUAUACGCCUUCGACAAAGGCAUGGCUUUCACGAAUGGCCGUACGCCGACUAUCCACCACUACGACGUCGCCGCAGACCGUCCAGAUUUCCAAGCGGAGUAUCCAGGAAUACCAGGGCUGAUGUACGCCGCCUUCAUCGAGUGGACUGCCGUCGCUGGAGAGAUUCAUCUGCAGCUCUUCUCUAUUUCCGCCCAACAGCAGCCCUUGUCCGUACGUGUCGAGCGAGCACAAAGUUUCGCGAGCAGGAUAUUGCAGAUGCAGAAAGCUCUUAGGACAUCCGAACAUGGCGAUCCCGAACAAGGAGAGCUGACAUUCCAAGGAGGGCUCCGCAUCUUGGACAUCAUGGCGUAUGGCUACCUGACCAUCGUCUACCGUAUCAUCCCACCGUUUCAGCAGAAGCCUCAUCCCCUCCAAUGCUGCGAUGAGUGCGUCGAUGCGGCUCGCAAGUCUCUGACUGCGCUCGUCCAAGUAGGCGAGAGGGUCAUGCGCAAGAAGCCGAUUUGGUGGAGCCUGUUCUUGAACAUGACCGUUUCCAUCGUCCCGUUCGUCUCGUUCAUCGUGAUCGUAGGCCACACCAUCGCGACAUCAUCGGCCAAUGACUUGGCUCUGCUCUCGUCCGUCGUCUCGGCCAUCAAGCCCGCCGUCGAGCACACUCCCGCGACGCAGAAGCUGUAUAACAUCUGCCAGAAAUUCUACCAGAUUGCCGAUUUGAUAGUUUCCAAGCAGUCACAGCCCACGCGCUCUGUCGCGAAAGACGUAGGAUUUGGGAUUGCGGAAGGCGACCUGCCUAUGUUGGACCAGGAUUGGGAUACCUGUGAUGCCCUCGCCCAGGCCGGACUUGCGGAUCGCCUCCUACUUCCCACCGACACUGCCUACCAGGCCCAAAUCGAUACCUGGUGGGCUCUCAACUCUCGUCUGCACCCGUGGUGUCUCUUCAUUCCACGGAACGCUCAGGAAGUGGCUAGCGGCCUCCAGGCCUUGCAGAGGUCGUACACCGGCGCUGGAGAUGGACAUAUUGCCGUUAGAAGCGGCGGGCAUAACUCAGCUGGAGCGAGUAACAUCGAGAAUGGGAUUACUAUCGACUUGAGCUUGAUGAAUGCGUCCACAUUCGACAAAGCAAGCAAUGUUGCCAUGAUCCAAACCGGUGCUCGCUGGAGAAAAGUAUAUACAGACCUCCUCGCAUGGAACGUAACUGUUCCAGGGGGCCGCGAUGGGGGCGUUGGCGUUGGAGGCUUUCUCCUUGGGGGCGGACUCACCUUUUUCAUGGGAAGGAGAGGGUUCGCCUGCGACUCUGUACGCAAUUACGAAGUGGUCCUCGCCAACGGCACAAUCACCAACGCCAAUGCAACCCAUAAUGUCGAUUUGUGGAAGGCUCUUAAGGGCGGCGGGUCCAAUUUUGGCAUCGUCACCAGAUUCGACGUGGAUCCUCUGCCGGCCAAAGAUCUCUCGUACAGCUCACGAUCUAUGACCAUCGAUCACUCUGAUGAGGUCCUUCGCAGUCUCCACGACUUUGUCAAUCUCGAUGAGACGUCUUCGGCUAACGACGCACUAGUCGUAUAUUAUACCUUUAACAGCACUGUCAGUGCCGACAUUAUCAUCUCCACCAUUGCUGUCAACACGAUGGGUGAUGCCAACAGCACCGCAUUGAGGCGAAUCAAAUCCAUCCCAGCCGUUUCCAGCGCCGACGAAUUCGAAAGCAUGGCAUCCUCAGCAUCGAACUCUGAACUCCCCGGUGGGACAAGGCAAUCUAGAAAUGCCGGCAUCACACUUACAUUCAAGCCUUCCAUCCCGCUGAUGCAACUCUGCGUCGACCUCAACAAUGCCUACGUGGAAACACUUUCCCAUAUCGUCGGACGCGAAAACUUUUCGACAUUCAUGUUCCUCCAGCCUCUGCCGAAUUACUACUCGACCAUCAGCAAACACGAAGGACAUGAAAACAUGAUCACCGAUGGCCUCGCUGGCGAGAACGCCAUCAUAUGGACCGGCGGUGUGGCCUUAGAUCCCGACACUAAUCCCUCGAUGGUUGCCAUCGCCCAUCAGUAUAUGAGUGCCAUGGCGGCUCAGAUCCAGCAGUUCGCGGUGAAAACCGGAGUAGAUCUGGAUCUUAUCUACAUGAAUUACGCGGAUGCCACUCAGGAUGCGUUGAGCAGUUAUGGGAUGAGGAAUGUGCACUUCAUGAAAAGCGUCGCGAGGAGGUAUGACCCUGAGGGAUUUUUCCAACAUGGAGUUCCUAGAGGUUUCAAGCUAUCGGCAACUACGGACGGAUGA